AAGAUGUGAUUCCUGUACAAAAAGUACAGGAACUGAGUAGGAGCAACUGAUGCGUUUGGCGCGGCUUUGUGUUCUCUGCCUAAAUACAUGCAUAGCUGAGCUUUGCUUCUCCGAUGGGAUUCCCCCAGAGCGGCGCAGCGACGUGUGGGUGGACGACCAGCUUGUGCCGCUGCGCACCUGGCGACUGGACUGGGACAGCGCGCUGAUCACCAGCCAGAUCUUCGAGAUCUUGGCGGCGGAGCGGCUGGGCUACAACGUGGCGGAGCCCGGCAAGGGGUCCUCCAGCACCGAUGUGAUCUAUAUGCUCGCUGGGUGCCUGGAGCGUGCUGCGGAUCUGGACACGUGUCGAGACCAGCCCCGCCGCUACCACAUCAGCUUCGAAAGCUGGCAGGGCCAGGCGGAGCACGUGCCCCAGCUCUUGUCGGAGCUCGGGGACCUCGCUCCCGAGAACCUGGGAUCUGUGGGGUAUACCGGGAAUUCAGGGCUAUUCGUGCUUGGUGACGCGGUGGACGCGGCUUUGCAAGAUAGCGGGCUGUCGUUGAGGUACUACAGCAAUUACAAUGCAGAUUGGUUUCACCCGGAGAAGUAUACAGCGAAAGUUUCGGACGUGAACAUGUCCAGACUCCAGACGUGCGAUGAGGCAGUAAACACACACUACGAUUAUGUUGGAGAGCAAUACCUCAAUGUCACCGGCGAUGCGGGUGGCGUGAAAACUGUGAAUGGCACACUUCUUCUGCAGUGCUGGCAGGAGAAAUGGUGGCUAGCACCGGCUUGCCGAAGUGAUCCCGAGCGUUGCGUUCCUGUAAUUACCGGCGGCAACGGGUGGGGCAUAUUCCUUCUGGUGCAGCAGGCAUUCUGGCACAAUCUGCCCCUGGCGCUUGCUACCGCUUCCUCCACAGAGGAGUAUGUGGUCUUAGGCAAGGAAUUGCAGAGUAUGGUGUACUGGUGGACCCCAGAUGUUAGGUUUGCGACCGCGAAGGCCGCCCCGGUGAUUUUCCCUCCUCACAACCCUGCGGAGCACCUUGCAUACAUAUACAAGACAGCACGGCAGUCCAUCACGUUGACCAAGUGGGCUGCUGCUGGGAUGGCGCGGUCAGCGUACCGAGCGUAUCAACUUGCUGCUAGCAUCUCCAUCUCUGAGCAGGAGAUUUCUGAGAUGAUGGAGAGCUACGUGAUGUCUGCUGAGCCGAGCAUCUGGAGAACGGCCUGCGACUACCUGCAGCGGACCAGUCGCUGGAGAGCGUGGCUGCCGAGCAAUACAAAGUGCCGUGAAGGCAUGGGGCUGGUGGACGCCCAGAACCAGGUGGUGACCAUUUUGUCGCAGGCGGUGGACUGCGGCCUCUGCCCGGUGGGCCACUUCGCGUCCCCGGUGAACCAGACGCGGAUCUGCCUGCCGUGCCCCGCGGGUUGGCACCAGAGUUUGCCCGGGGAGUCCCAGUGUGUGCCCUGCGAGCCGGGGACGGUCACGGACCAGGCUGGGCUCAUGGAGUGCUUGCCCUGCAGCCUGGGCAAAUAUGCGGACGCCCGCGGGAUGUCUGAAUGCCGGCAGUGCGGGCCCGGUGACACGGCGCAGGUGGCUGUAUGGACCACCAGCAAGCUGGUUCCGGACAGCCCCGGGUCAACUUCUGGUGGGACCUCUCUGUGGAUCCAGAUGCAGGCGGCCACUUCGGAGUCGCUCUGCGUGUGCGUCCCCGGGACCUUUCUGCAGCAGGGCAAAUGCGAAGUUUGCCUCGAGGGCUCCGUCUGCUUUGGGUCCCAGAUGGUGCUGCAGGAAGGCUACUACUCCUCGGAGCUGGCGCCCGGCUCGGUGUACCGAUGCCAGAGCGCGCAGGUCUGCCCGGGCGGAGCGCCAGGCACUUGCGCGGCGGGCCGCGAUGCCACGAGCGUCGCCUGCGCCUUGUGCCUCCCUGGGAAAGUGAACAGCAGAAACGACGGCUCAUGUGUGCAGUGUGCGGAAGGCGACUAUAUCAUACUGACAGUUUUUGGCGCACUGACAGUGGGAGCGAUUACAGUCUUGUACUUCGUGUUUCAGCACGACGGCCUCAAGGUGAAGCAGGGCAGCAGCUUGAUGAUUGUUGCUUUGGCACUGAACCAGCUUUUCGUCACCUGCCAGCUGUUCAGCAUUGUUCAGCAGAUAGGCAUCAACUGGGGUGAGCCCAUCGCAAGUUGGCUCGCGAUAACAGAGAUUCUUACCUUUAAGCUGGACUAUAUUUCCAUCGGCUGCGUAACACCCACGCAUCCGGUGGCCCAGUUUGCGACACAAACAUUUUUCAUGCUGGCGCUCUGCGGCGUGGCGUUGCUCGUCCAUAUCACAGUUCAGAUUUUUUUGGGCUGGAAUCGCGGGCUCAAGCAGUGUUGGCGCUGGAGUCUGCUUGCCAGAACUUUGGGGACUCUGUGCAUGAUAUUCUUCAUCUCGGUGUGCUCUUCCUUGCUGACACCCUUCCGGUGCAAUACCCAUCCAAAUGGGCUUUCCACUUUGCAGGCCUACUUUUCCGUAUUUUGCAAUGGCCAGGAUGCACAUUUGCACAUGUCCUUGAUCGGCGGGACGGCUUUUCUGCUGCCCAUCUCGUUCCUGGCGGCUUGCACUUGGGCGGUCGUCUUCGAGCUUCCGUCCCGACUGAAGCAUGGGGACAUGGCCUUCGUCCGGUCGUGCUCCUUCCUGCUGGUGAGAUUCCGUCCAGGGGCCGAAGGCUUUGCAGUGCUCUUCAUGCUGCGGAACAUGCUGCUUGCCAUUUUGCCUCUCGUGCCGUGGGUGAGCAACCGAGUUUUGCUCAUGAACUUGUUGACGUGCACCAGCUUGGCCGCCACCGCGUUCUUCAAGCCCUGGCGGGCGAUGCUCUGCAACAACCUGGAGAUCAUGAUCGGAACCGCGCUGAUCGUGGUGAUGACUGUGGGCUCCAACUUUGUAGAGGACUACGACAAGACCGCCAUGGUGGUGGUGUGCGCGCUGCUGGUAAGUUUCAUGCUGCUGGCGAUUGGUGUCGUUGUUGCUGUGGGAGUAGCCAGGCACUUUUUGAGCGCGCAGCGGAAGACCUACCACUUCUUCCUCUGCCACCACAAGCGCGGCGCGGGCUCCGUGGCGCGGCUGCUGAAGAUCCUGCUGCUGCGCCGGUCCCAGGCCUUCACCAGCUUCGUGGACUGCGACGACCUGCAGGACCUGACCAAACUCUUCUGGCACGUGUCCCAGAACACCCGGACCUUUCUGAUCCUCGGCUCCCCCGAGGUCAUACGCCGGCCCUGGUGCCUGGGGGAGAUGGUCACGGCACGGGUCUCCGAGGUCUCUUCCAUCCUGAUCGCUUGGCCCAAUUAUGUGAAGCCGGACCAAGAGUACAUCUCGGAGUGCGGGGUGCUGGUGCAAGACAUCAACGAGCUCGCCAAGUUCGGCAUCGGGCUCUCCGAUGUCCAAGACACCUUGCGCUGGCUCAACGGUCUUCAGUCCUUGAGCAUGCCUGCGCUGGUGACUUGCGACACGAUGGAGAGUUUGGUGGACUCGUUCACGGGAACCUCCGGCAGGCCAUCUGUGAGCGCGCGCCCAGCGGUCGAGUAUGAGUGCUGCCUUGUGGCAGACCUCAACAAUAUGGAGGCGGCUGCGGCAGCGCAUAUCCUUCUUGACCUGCUGAUGAAGCAGUUCCUCCGGGGCAUGCAGUCCCUGCCCAAGGUCUUGAUGCGGGGCGAAACCAUCCGGGAGGAGGUGGAAACGGCCUUGAUGAUUUGCAGUGCCGGCUGCUUCAAAUCCACCGACGUGGCGGCGUGGAUUCUGGAGAUUUGCACGCUUCCGGCCUGCCCCAUCCUGCCGGUCAUUGCGGAGGAGUCCUUCCAAGUGCCCUCGGACAUGCUCUAUCAGGAACUAUACGCGAAUCCGCCCCUGAGAGAGCAGGACGUGAAAAUGUACGUGAAAGCUAUCAAGGUGAUGUUCAAGGAAAUUGCCAUUUCAUUCUCGACUUAUGCUGCCACACAGGCCGAGCUGGAUUUGCACGCUCAUCAGAUAAUGGUGCGGCUGCGUUCCAACUCCAUGCGAUCGAUUUCCAAGAAGAUGUCGGUCAUGGUGCCUCACAGCAUGAGUGGGGAGUUCAAGGAGUGUGAGGAGAGUAUGGGAUAUGCGGCGGCACUCCGACCGGAGAAGGACAAGAAGGACGAUGGGCCUGUCCACUGCCUCUGGCAAGAUGCUGAUCUUGCGCCGCUGUCUUUUGAUCACCUCGAGGAGGAGGACGUGGAUGCAUCUCUUGCUUUGUACAGCAAGGAGCUGCACAGCGAAUUGACCUCUGAGCGCUUUUGACUGGCCAAGCCAGUGUUCGCAGAUUUUAAGCUUGGCCAGAGGAUCAUGUCGCCUUGCAGCACCAAUACCGUCAGGGAAAGGCGCCGCCCUCAGGACGACGCUCACAUCGGCUGUUUGAGCCGCCCAGUAACGAGUGGCCUCACGACUGGCGGCUCACAGUGUAUUCAGGGUACGAAAGCCCGGCCGAGCGAUAUCCUGUAGGCUGUUCAAAGCUCAUCCGCAAUCCUUACCCAAGGGGUUAGACCAGGAUUUGGUCCCCUUUCUAUACCCUCCCACCAACUAACAUGGGAGUGCAAAAAAGCCCUUUCC